CGUCUUCAGCCACGGAAUCCCUCCUUUACUGCAUUCUAUAUAAUCAACCCACAAUUCCCCCUCUUUUCCCCCACCACAGUCGCCCCCAAAACCUGCAACCGGACGUUAGUGGGGUUCUCAGGAUGGCACUGUCCGCCUUUCCAUUCCUACUGCCGGCCGAGUUCGAGAGCGCGUGUCGAGAUCUGGCCGAUCGCUGCACUGCAGCCCAAGCUGGUUGGUUCACUCGACUUGUCAUACAGACAAGUUCUAGUCUUCGCAUAACAAAAUACAUGGAUGUCCAGACCGACCCCAUCCAGGUAGAUCCACAUGAGGCUUACAUGAUCCGGUUAGAGGAGGACGAUCCGGAGGCGCUGGUUCGUACCGGACUCAAUCCAAAAUUACAGGUAGAUUAUGAUAUUGUGUUGUCCCCCACAUAUCAGGUCCCUGUGUUAUAUUUUGCACUGCGGUGGCACCAUUAUAAUGGCCCGGUGGGGCUAGAGGCCGUCUAUCGGUAUGUGGUCCCGGAACAAUACCAAAAGGAAUUGAAGAGUGUGGGAAUCAUGGGUGGGAUCAGCUUUGGUUAUCAUCCAGAUUCGGGCGCUCCGGCCUUCUUUGUUCACCCAUGCAACACAGCCGACGCCAUGGCGCAGGUGACAGACGCUCAGAGCGCCACUGCUGGGACGUAUCUUCUCAUCUGGCUCGGUCUCGUAGGUCAUUGUGUGAACCUGCACAUCCCACGCGAGCUGGUUGCCUCUGAUAGUGCCGGACUAUCCUGAGGCUCGAUUCAGGAAAUACAGGUAAUAGGGCAAAAAAACAAAAAGAACACUUCAAACGGGAGUUUGUGCUCGCUUC